GGCGCCAAAGCUUCCCAGCCCUCCCUCUGUGCUCAGUCCAGAGUGGAGACCAAAAGAGGGCUCUGUGCCGGGCCCCAAUGAGGACGUUGCUGAUCAUCCUGACGGCCGGAUCCGUGGUCGCUCACAUCGCUGAGGACACCUCAGAUCUUCUUCAGCACGUGAAAUUCCAGUCCAGCAACUUCGAAAACAUCCUGACGUGGGACAGCAGUCCGGAGAGUGCCCCAGACACCGUCUACAGUGUGCAGUAUAAGACUUACGGAGAGACAGAGUGGCAGGUGAAGGAGGGCUGCCAGCGGAUCACCCGGAAAUCCUGCAACCUUACCGUGGAGACAGGCAACCUUACGGAUCUCUACUACGCCCGGGUCACCGCCAUCGGCGCGGGAGGCCGGUCCGCCACCAAGAUGACCGACCGGUUCAGCUCACUGCAGCACACUAUCAUCAAACCACCUGAUGUGACCUGUAUCCCCAAGGUGAGAUCCAUCCAGAUGAUUGUCCAUCCCACCUACACGCCCAUCCACACAGGGAAUGGCCACCGGCUAACCCUGGAGGACAUCUUCCAGGACCUGUUCUAUCACUUAAAGCUGCAUAUCAACCACACCUACCAAAUGCACCUUGGAGGGAAGCAGAGAGAAUUUGAGUUCUUUGGCCUGACCCCUGACACGGAGUUCCUUGGAACCAUCGUGAGUAUUGUUCCAACCUGGUCCAAGAAGAGCACCCCCUACAUGUGCCGAGCGAAAACGCUGCCAGAUCAGACGUGGACCUACUCCUUUUCCGGCGCCUUCCUGUUCUCCGUGGGCUUCCUGUUCGCAGGGCUCUGCUACCUGAGCUACAGAUACAUCACCAAGCCGCCUCUGCCUCCCAACUCCCUGAAUGUCCAGCACGUACUGACCUUCCAGCCUCUGCAGCUCAUCCAGGAGCACAUCUUAAGCCCCGUCUUUGACCUCAGUGGCCCGAGCGGCCUGGCCCAGCCUGUCCAGUACUCCCAAGUCAAGGUCUCCGGGCCCAUCGAGCCUCCAGGAGCCCCACCGCGACACAGCCUGUCUGAGAUCGCCUACCUUGGGCAGCCGGACCUCUCCAUCCUCCAGCCCUCUGGCGGGCCACCUCUCCAGACACUCCCCCCACUGUCCUAUGCCCCGCAGGCUGCCCCUGAGGGCGGGCCCCCGUCCUAUGCACCUCAGGUAACCCCCAAAGCUAAACACCCCUCCUACACUCCCCAGGCCAUCUCGGAGGUCCAGACCCCUUCCUACACCCCUCAGGCCACUCCAGACAGUUGGCCUCCUUCCUAUGGGAUAUGCGGGGAAGGCUCUGGCAGAGACCCCCCACCUAUGACACUCUCUGGUCCCAAACACCUCGGAACUAAAGGUCAGCUCCAGAAAGAGGCACCAGCUGGAAGCUGCAGCCCAGGUGGCCUUUCUCUGCAGCAGGUGACCUCCUUGGCUAUGCAGGACCCCCAAGAAGUAAAAUCCUUCCACCAGCAUCUGGGGGUUCACACGGACAGAGAACCUGACUCUGAUGUCAUACACAGAGGGGAACCAAGGACACGAAGCUACGUAAAGGGCCAGCUGCCCCUCCUCUCCUCUGUCCAGAUCGAGGGUCACCCCAUGUCCCUCCCUUUGCAGACUCCUUCCCGCCCAUGUUCCCCCACAGACAAGGGUCCAAGUCCCUGGGGCUUGCUGGAGUCCCUCGUGUGUCCCAGUGACGAGGGUCCAGCAUCCGAGACUGAGGCCAAGAGCCCAGGCCCUCGGGCCCCAGACCUGGAGUCGCCCACGGAGCUGGACUCUCUGUUCAGAGGCCUGGCCCUGACGGUGCAGUGGGAGUCCUGAGCGGGAACAGGGUGGGCCUGGGGCUUUCUCCUGUCCCCACCCUCACCUCGCAUCCUUGGCCGUCACUCCCGCACCCAGCGGCGCUACGCACUCUGCAGCCCAGCCCCGGGUGGAGGCCCUCGAGGAACCAGCAGAAGGAGGUUGCCGGACCCCUGCCGUGGCUGAGCUCCCUCUGGAGCAAAAAGACGUGAGAAGGGCUCCGGCCAGAGGAGUUACAGAAGCGCAUCGCAUACAGACGAGCAAGUGCAAAUGAGCACGUGCACGCCAAGUUCUGCAGGGCAGGACGGACAGUCAGAGUGCAGGAGUUGAUAUGGGGAAUCUCCCGGAGAUCCAGGGCCCCGGCUCCUCAUACGCUGGACACAGAGUUCUCCAUGAGCCUACCUCUCUUCAUUCCUGGCCACUUUCAUAAUCUAGUUCAGCGGAGUGAGGCCUCUGCCUCCUCUGUGGUUCCCCAAAGGUGAGAAAAGGAGCCUGAAAAAGGACCCCUCAUAGCAGACUGGGCAGAACCAGAACAACCUGCACUUCUGCCAAGUCCAGAGGCAGCCUGAUGGCAAGACUCCAGGGAGGGGUGCGGCCUGCGGCUCAUCCCCAACCAGGGCUACUGCCUGGAAUCACACCAUUUCAGCUUCAUUCCUCUGCUAGAGGCUUUACCCCAAGUGAAAUGCAGGUCCACCAGGGAGGGAGAACACAGAAGCCUUUUCUGUCAGCAGGAGUUUCAGACCCUAUCCUGGCAGCAGGGUUUGAAAGGAACAUUGGGCCAUGGGGCAACUGAAGGAGACACAACUACAAACUGUACCUACUUCACAACUAUGGAAACUCAGCCUUGGAUUCAGCCCACCUGGGUUCAAAUUCCGGACUUCGUACUUACCAGCCAUGUGACUUCAAGCAAGUGAAUCAUGGCUCAAGAUCUCAGUUUCCUCAUCUGUGUCAUGGGGAUAAUAACACUGACCUCACAGGGUUGUGGUGAGGAUGAAAUUAGAUAAUGUCUGCAAAGUGUUUCAUAGUGCCUGACUCAUGGGCAGUGCCCAAUAAACAGUAGUAUUUCCUGUCGUGAUUUUUUAAAAAUAGGACAGUACAGGAGUGACCCACUCCCCCAAUUCAGCUUGAUUUUGGAUCGGGCAUUUUCUCAUGGGCUUAAAUUAUCCUGAUUUCCUCAGGAUGCUCCAGGCCGAGCUGGAGGAGCUGGACUACCUAGGAGGGGGCGAGGGAAGGGAUUGCAGGAAACAGGGUCCAGGGACAAAUGGAACCUUCUCCUUGAGUUCACAGGUGGAAGCUGCUUUGGGGGUGGCAGCAGCAUUCUCAGAGGACCUUCCUCCCCGACACCCCACCAGAGGCAGCACAGGGCUACCCUGUCCUCCUGCCCUUGCACAGGGUCCUUGUCUGAGCUUUCAGCACGCUGUCACAUCCUUUGUAUCAUUGCAUCUCACGUGACCCCUAUGAUGAGGAGAAGGGGCUCCCCCCACAGGCCCCCACAGAGGCCGUGACACAGUUGGAGCUCAAACCUAGCGAUUUUUGUCUUCAUCAAGAGAAGGAACUUUCCACACCAGUUUGGAUUCUUGUAGGAUGAGACUCCUGGGGCAUAAGGAGGGGAGGGCCCCCAUGGGGUCCCCGAGGGGCAAGCGCCCCCGACCCCAUCCUGUCCCAAAGCCCUGUCUGAACAUUUCUGAGGAACAACAUCAAAGUCCAGUUGCCCCGGUGAGACCCUUUCCGGAGCGUGCAACGCCCUCCCUCCUCUGUACCCAGUACGUGUCCCCUCCUCUUCCUCACCCCUCCCCUCCCUGCGACACAGCACCAGGGAACACUGUCCUUAUCUGUUUGUAAUUAAUAUUUAACAUCUCUUCAGGGUCACUGGUUUAGACCCAAUAGCUCCAUAGCAGAGGGGUGGACCGCCCUCUCCAACACCCGCAGCCCUUUCUCCUCCCGGCAGCUGCUACGUUGGCCCUAAUGACUGCUCCCUUCCCCCAAACUGCAAACAAGUCUGCUUCCUGUCACUCGGGGUGAACUUGGCCAAAGGUUGACUGUCUCACCUUGUUUAGUCAUGAAAAACAGCUUAACAGCUGGACUCUUCUCACCAGGUGAGUGGGCCAGGGUGUCAGAGGAUUUUUUACUAAAAGCCAUAAACAUCUCUUCCAACUCACAAGGCCACAAAGCUCUCUAAGCUCCUUGGGGUGACAGUCGUUCCUACGGUCCAUGACUCUCUGGGUCCUGUGACCCUCGUCAGGCUGGCCCUGUCCCCACCAGGCUGCAUACCCCCUCAGGUUUCUGGCCUCCCAGGCAGGCAGCUCAGGCUACCAGCUAGGGGACAGCGUGUCCAAGGCCCCGGAGCUGGGCUGGGACGUUAGCAUUCCUGAGUGUCCUAGGCUUUGACUCCACCACCAGGACUCUCCACAGCCUGGCCCCACGCAGUCCAGAGAAAGGUGAGUCUGCGAGGUGUCACCUGCCUCUAAGGCAGGCAGAGUCCAGCCCAGGAGCAAACGAAUAGUAGUCCAGCAGUGGCUGCACGAGGAGAAGUAAGAGGAGGAGGAACUCAGCCCCGCUGCUGGGAGGUUCCUGCCCUCAAUGGCUCAUUCCUCCAUUAACCUGCCAUGAUAGGUCGCAUUACUGAUAUUUUGCAAAGGAGGAAAAUGUGGCUCAGAGGGGUUUCUUACCCAAGACGGUUUCCUAAACUUGCCUCACCAUGAGAAUCCCCUGAGAAGCUUACUAAAAAUACAGCUUCCUCAGCCCUAGCCCAGACCUGCUGAAUCCAUAGCGACUAGGGAAUCCAGAUUCUUAGUAAACUCCUUUGAUGAUUCCUCUUAGGCAAGUGGAGGGAACCAUGCUCUUAUACCAAUAGUUUUCCUAUCCUUUGGCCUCAAAUCAUCCCCCUAGAGCCACCCCCAUCUCCUCCCCUGUAUGGGAGUUGGGGAGCUGCAACAAGGGGUGGUAUUUCAAUCUGGGAUGGCUACAGAUCCCUGGCCUCCCAAACCCCCGGCCCCAAGAACACACAGGGGUUGCCUGAAUUUCCACCCAGAGAAUAGGGCCAUCGGGGACGAGGGCUCCUCCAGAAUCCUGGAGGGCAAGGCUGGAUCCCUCAGUGCCCAUCCCCAGUCUGAGUGUCAGCCUGGACAGAGGGACACAGCUCUGAGACCCCAUCCCCACACCUUCAGCCCCUCAGCUGAUUUUCCCUUCCCACCCUAAGGAGGAAGGGGCAUAAGGAAGAUGCGUUUUGACCUGCUAGUAUGAGAAGAACAGUAACUGGAAUUAACUGAAGUGUGAGAGCAGCAGAGGGAGGGGAGACUAAAGCAGGGAGAAAGGAGGUAGUGGGAGAACGCAUUGGACCAGACAGUUCUCCACUUGACCACCAGGUGGAGCCAUCAGCCAAAGACAGUUUGGUUGCUGUCAGAAAAUGGUGUGGAGGUUCAGGAUGGGUGGCAGGUGGAAUAGGGUUCAAAUGACUGUCCGUAAUAUUCAUAAGUCCAGGGAGGGCAACGAAAGGGGAAAAGAGGGGAGGAAGAAUGAAAUAUUUAAGAAGUACUAGCCAAGAGUUAAGUACUAUACCAGGCAUUUCACGCAUUUUAACCUCACUUGAAUCUCAUAAACAUUCUGCAAGAUAUGUAUUCAUUCAUUCAUUUUUGACAAGCAUACACGGGGAAUUCCCUGGCGGCCCAGUGGUUAGGACUCUGCACUUCCACUGCAGGGGCCACGCACGGGUUCCAUCCCUGGUCGGGGCACUAAG